AUGAGAAACGUUAUUCAGGAAGUUCAAAAUAAAUAUUCAUUUUUAGACAACCUUCUUACAAACUUCUGGAAGUCCUGGACUAAAUCAAAUACAACCUUCAAACUACAACUGAAAAAUAUCAAAUGGAAGAAUAAGAAAGCUGAGCCAGGUUGUGCGUACAAGCCAACAGAGAUUGAGCAAUUAGCAAAUGUAUUAACCCAUGGUAUUUGGAUAGUGCCUGCAGUAAUAUGUGCCAAUAAGUUAUUUGAACGUUCGAAAACGUCGAGCCAAUAUUUAGUAUCGUGGGUUUAUGGAGGAGCAUUAACUCUGCUUUUUACAUUAUCGACGGGUUUCCACUGUUCUUGUUUCUGUGAUAAUAAGGGUGGCAUCAAAAAUGUUCUACAUCGCUGUGAUCGUGCUAUGAUUUACAUUUUCAUAGCUGCUUCGUAUUUUCCCUGGCUACAGUUAGAAAAUCCUAACCAUUCCGCGCUUCUAAUUUGCUUGGAAUGGGUAAUUUGGUUAAUGGCAGCAAUUGGUAUCACAUAUCAACAGAUAUUUCACGAACGAUUUAAAUGUUUGGAAACAUGUUUUUACAUACUAAUGGGAUUAGGUCCGGCUUUAGCUGUGUUCGGCUCGGGCCAUGAAUUUCCUGGUAUGACAGAACUUAAAUUGGGUGGAUUUUUCUAUAUAGUGGGGAUAUGUUUCUUUAAAUCGGACGGUCUGAUACCAAUGGCCCAUGCCAUAUGGCAUUUGUUUGUGGUAAUAGCUGCCGGAUUUCAUUAUUAUGCAAUCUUAGUUCACUUGUAUCCCCUAGCAGAUAGUAAUUCCAAUGUUUAG